UAGAGUCGGUCUCGUGCGUUUCGCUACGGUGCGAAGAAUUUUUUGUGAACACAACGUGCAACGUUUUUCGUAAAUUGUAGAAGUGCGAGCAAGAUAAUGGCGAAAUGAAACCAAAAGUGAGGCCAAUAAAAAGGCGAUAAAAUUGACGCCAAUACAAACAAACACAUAUACCUAUAUACAUUCAAGGGAGUAGCGUAACGGUAAACGACGAUAAGGACGAACGUAUCCUGUGUAUAAAACCAGCAGGCAGCAGCACCAACAACACCAACAAUAAAAACAACAACAACAACAACAAUAAACUCCAAUUCAAAUGCCUUGGUGAUUAAUGGGCCAGGGGCCAUUGCCGACGGGAUGCGCAUAAUUCACAAGAGUCAAACGACGACAAGGAGAUAUAAAAAUUGCCAGCAAUGGCUCGGACCUCUCCUAGUAUACAGUCUGAGCCUGAGCCUGACCUGCACAGCCGCCGGCAUGGAAUCAUCUGCAGAGCUACAACAACUCCAACAACAACAACAACAGCAGCAAGAGCAAACCAUCAUCGAUCCAUUGCCCACCAUGUUUGGCGAUAGCUCAAUUAGCAGUUCUCUGAACCAUUCAAUGGAUUGGCUUCCAUUGUUUAAUUGGAAAUAUAAACGACCGAAAGUCAAACGACGCCAAAGACUCAAUUCGUUAAGUAACCUGCUGAAAAAUUCGACCAUUGGUAAUUCAGCAUCCUCAUCCCAAUAUGGAGGCAACUCUACGAACAUUUCGAAUUGGCAACUUCAACAGCAACAGCAGCAGCAGCGUUACUUGAAGGUUAACCAGGUAUUCGAGAGUGAACGUCGCAUGUCCUAUGCAGAGAUUGAACGUAAUCAUGGCAAAAUUGUGCUCCUCGGUCUCUUUGAGCUGACAACGAAACGUGGUCCACGACCGGAUGGGCUAAGCGAGCUGGGAGCAGCCACUAUGGCUGUGGAGCAUAUAAACCGCAAACAGCUGUUGCCAGGUUACACUUUGGAACUGGUCACCAAUGAUACGCAGUGCGAUCCUGGCAUAGGAGUGGAUCGUUUCUUCCAUGCCAUAUACACACAACCAUCCACACGUAUGGUCAUGCUAUUGGGCUCAGCCUGCUCGGAGGUUACCGAGAGCCUGGCCAAGGUAGUGCCCUACUGGAAUAUUGUGCAGGUCUCAUUUGGUUCCACAUCGCCGGCCCUAAGUGAUAGACGUGAAUUUCCCUAUUUUUAUCGUACAGUGGCCCCGGAUUCAUCACAUAAUCCGGCUCGCAUAGCAUUUAUCCGUAGGUUUGGAUGGAAUGUGGUUACAACAUUCUCACAAAACGAGCAGGUUCAUUCCCUGGCGGUCAAUAAUCUUGUUACUGAACUAGAGGCAGCCAAUAUAUCAUGUGCGGCGACCAUUACAUUUGCGGCAACGGAUUUUAAGGAGCAACUCCUGCUCCUCAGGGAGACAGAUACACGCAUCAUUAUCGGCAGCUUCUCCCAGGAAUUAGCACCGCAAAUUUUUUGCGAAGCCUAUCGGCUACGUAUGUUUGGUGCGGAUUAUGCUUGGAUAUUGCACGAGAGUAUGGGUGCUCCAUGGUAUAGGACAAUGGAUGGCCAAAAGAAGACAUCUUCAUCAGCAUCAUCAUCGUCGUCGACAUCGUCAUGUACGAAUCAUGAGCUACAGCUGGCAAUUGAGAAUUUGAUUGUUGUAUCAACGCACAACAGCAUCGUGGGCAAUAAUGUUAGCUACAGUGGAUUGAACAAUCACAUGUUCAAUUCGCAGCUACGCAAACAGUUUGCUCAGUUCGAGGACCGUGGACGCAGCAUUACCAAUCCACCACAAUCGGAUUUACCGACGAAUCGUCGUCGGAGUCGCAGUAGGCGUGGCAUAUUUCCCGAUGCACCCAUUUCCCAAUACGCCCCACAGACGUACGACGCCGUUUGGGCAAUUGCCUUGGCCCUGCGUGCCUCCGAAGAGCACUGGCGUCGUCAGGAGGCCAAGUCCAAGUUGGACGGCUUUGAUUACACACGCAGCGACAUGGCCUGGGAGUUCCUACAGCAAUUGGGCAAAUUGCAUUUUCUAGGCGUAUCGGGUCCCGUUUCGUUUAGUGGUCCGGAUCGUGUGGGCACUACCGCAUUUUAUCAAAUUCAACGUGGCAUGCUGGAACCCAUAGCUUUGUAUUAUCCUGCCACAGACUCUUUGGACUUCCACUGUCCACGCUGUCGUCCUGUUAAAUGGCAUAGUGGCCAGGUGCCCAUUGCUAAGCGGGUAUUUAAACUACGUGUGGCUACCAUAGCCCCGUUAGCCUUCUACACAAUUGCAACACUGUCUAGCGUGGGCAUUGCUCUGGCCAUUGCAUUCUUAGCUUUCAAUUUGCACUUUCGUAAGCUCAAGGCAAUUAAACUUUCCAGCCCAAAGCUAAGCAACAUCACCGCAGUGGGCUGCAUUUUUGUAUAUGCCACCGUCAUUCUACUCGGCCUGGACCACUCGACGCUGCCAUCGGCGGUAGACUCCUUUGCCACAGUUUGCACGGCACGCGUCUAUCUUUUAUCAUCGGGCUUUUCGCUGGCCUUUGGCUCGAUGUUUGCCAAAACAUAUCGGGUGCACCGUAUCUUUACACGCACGGGCAGCGUGUUUAAGGAUAAAAUGCUGCAGGAUAUACAGCUUAUCCUGCUCGUUUGUGGCCUGUUGCUUGUCGAUGGUCUCCUUGUCACAUUGUGGGUUUGCACAGAUCCCAUGGAGCGGCAUUUGCAUAAUUUGACACUCGAAAUCAGCGCCAUAGAUCGAAGUGUUGUCUAUCAGCCUCAGGUAGAGGUCUGUCGCUCUCAACACACACAAACAUGGUUAAGUGUAUUGUAUGCUUACAAGGGUUUGCUCUUGGUCGUUGGUGUCUACAUGGCAUGGGAGACACGUCAUGUUAAAAUACCAGCACUGAAUGACUCACAAUAUAUUGGUGUAUCUGUCUAUAGCGUCGUGAUAACUAGUGCCAUUGUUGUGGUCCUGGCAAAUUUAAUUUCCGAGCGAGUCACUUUGGCCUUUAUUACCAUCACAGCACUGAUACUAACUUCCACGACAGCCACAUUGUGCUUGCUCUUCAUACCGAAGCUCCAUGACAUUUGGGCACGAAAUGAUAUUAUAGAUCCGGUCAUACACAGCAUGGGUCUUAAAAUGGAAUGCAAUACGCGGCGCUUUGUCGUCGACGAUCGUCGUGAACUGCAAUAUCGAGUCGAAGUCCAGAAUCGGGUUUACAAGAAGGAAAUACAAGCGCUUGAUGCCGAAAUACGCAAACUGGAACGUCUGCUUGAUACAACGGCGAUAACUGCAUCAGCUACAUCGACCACAACGCCGGCUACCUCGUCGUCCACAUCAUUGCUCAAACCCGUGGAGUUGGCCAGGCCUGCGGCCCAACAGCAGCCAAAAUCUCGUACUCCCAGCAUCUCUGGCAUUUUACCCAAUCUGUUGCUGUCGGUUUUGCCCCCCGUUAUACCAAGGGCCAGUUGGCCCUCUGCCGAGUACAUGCAGAUACCCAUGCGACGCUCGGUAACUUUUGCCUCACAACCACAGCUUGAGGAGGCGUCUGCUUGCCUGCCAGCUCAGGACUUGAUUAAUUUACGUCUGGCCCAUCAGCAGGCCACCAAAACAGGUUUAAUUAAUCGCCUUCGGGGCAUCUUUUCGCGUACGACAUCCAGUAACAAAGGGUCCACGGCCAGCCUGACAGGCGGCAUAGCAGCAGCUGACCAAAAGGGUCUUAAAGCGGCCUUUAAGUCGCACAUGGGUCUAUUCACUCGCCUUAUACCCUCCUCGCAGACAGCUUCGUGUAAUGCCAUCUACAACAAUCCCAAUUCAACAGCGGCAGCACCCCACAUUGAAUUGUCCUCGAAUGGUUCGAACGGUUCACAUUUGUCGAAGCCUAUUCAUCGCGGAUCGCUAACUAAGAGUGGCACCCAUUUAGAUAUUUUGACCAAGGAUCCUAAUUUUCUGCCAAUACCAACUAUCUCGGGAGGUGAGCAGGAGGGGAAAUAUAUCAAAUUAGCCGAGACCAAAGUAAAUUUUCAAUUGCCGCACAAUCGACGACCUUCAGUGAUUGCGCCGGCCACAACGUCGUCAGCAUCAGCAUUGGCCAUGGGCUCAGCGGUCCCUAGUCUGAGAGAGCGUGUUCGAGGAUCACCGCGUUUUCCCCAUCGGAUAUUACCACCCACUUGCAGUUUGAGCGCCCUGGCCGAGGAUGGAGCCAUGGAUCGAACUAUGGAGACUUCGUCAAUACCACGCAUCUCACUUCAGCAUGCCACAAGCGGCGGUAAUUGGAAGUCCAUGGAAACGGCGGCAAAGUCACGACUUUCGUUGGGUGACUCUCAAGAAGAGGAGCAGCAGCAGCAACAACAACUGGAUGAGUCAUUGCCAUUGAAUGGCUUAGGUUAGUUUUCCAGUUCCAACAAUCCUCCGCCCAAUCCUUGUCAAUUAGAAAUAAAACACCAAAAGCAAUUUCAUUUCAAAACGAAAAGAAGAAACAACUGACCAAUCAUCCAGCUUAAAGCAAUCAAACGCAUUAGGUUAGGCUAGAAGAAAAAGAAGAAGAAGUAUUAAAACGCUAGGUAGAUAUAAUACAUACAUAAGUCAACUUUGGCCCUCUUUCAAUAUGUGAUGUGAUGGAAGAACAUUCUCAACUCAACUUAAAUCAAAUCAGUCCUUAAGCUAAGUAGAAAACGACCCCCUACCUCUCUCCCACCUAAUCCAUAACGAUGUCCCCUGUCUCCUUUUCUUGCAUCCUCUAGUUUAAGUAGAUGACUUUUGCCGCAUUAGUUGCAUAAAUCGACAAGGAGCAAUACUUUAUUGUGCUUAGAGCUUAGAAAAUGUUUGAAGUUCAUGGAUCAUGAACAUGGAUGCCAAUUAUAUGAUUAAUUAUUAUUGGCCGCCAUUAUAAAUAGAAUCAUCAUUAUGUAUGUGUAGGGGACGUAGCCACCAAAAAGCAAGAACAAUUCGUGUGUAGACUAAGUUAACUAAGUUUUUAGCCGUGUAAUCCAAUUUAACUCACGACUCUUUCAACAAAAAGAAUACAUAGAAAUUAAAAAAACAAAAUAAAAAAACAAAAAAUAAACAUG